GCUGGAGGAAAUCGGAUGUUUAGUGUUCAAGUGACAGGUACUCGUGUCCCCAAGCCUUGUCCUUAACGGGAAGGCUUUCAGUACAAGAACACCCUUUUCCCACCCCUGUCAGGAAUCGCAAAAUGGAGUCUAUAACCGGCAUAGCUCAGGAGUUACUACGUUUGGGGAACCACAUUUGGGGUCUGCCAGCAUUUAAAAUCCUCAGACCAAAGCCCAGUCCAGUGACUGUCAGCACCUAGGCCACGCCCCCUCUGCUGAGACUAUCAGAACAUCAGGAGACCUCGGACCCGCACCACCUCGAACCCGCACCACCUCAGGCAUGAUGCUCACCAUGGCCGCACUGAUGCUCUUCUUUAUACACCUGAGCGUCUUCGCCAGUGACGUGAACAAUUUCUACUUCACCCACCACUACGACCGCAUGAGCUUCCGCUACACAAUUGUUCUGAUGUUCUCCCAGGUGAUCAGCAUCUGCUGGGCCGCCAUGGGGUCACUCUACGCUGAGAUGAGAGAAGACAAGUUUCUUCGGUGCUUUGCCCUGACCGUCCUGAUGCUCAACGGAACCAUGUUCUUCAACCGCCUGUCCCUGGAGUUUCUGGCCAUGCAGUACCGGGAGGAGACCCACUGAGGCUUGGGGACUGGGCUGAGAAGGGGGAAGGAA